CAGCUGCCAAAACAAAUAGGUCAACUGAAUCUUGUUUACCACUCACUCGACUAUAUAAGACCAGGAUGGGAGGACUAAAACCAUCAGUUGUUUAUCAAAUUAUCCUAGUACAACAUGAAGCUCUUCUUCAUUGCCGCUUUCUUGGCUGUUGCUGCCGCUGCACCUUCCAGCUACAAGCCGGAAUACAAAGCUCCCAGCUACCCUGCCCCAAGCUACCAGGCACCAAAGUACCCUACUCCUAGCUACCCCUCACCAGCCUACCCCGCACCAGCCUACCCCGCACCAGCCUACCCCGCACCAGCCUACCCCGCACCAGCCUACCCCGCACCGGCCUACAACAAGGAUAACAAAUACGCUGACAUUACAAUCACCAGCCAAUCUGACGAGCGCAACCUCGACGGCAGCAGCCAAUGGAGGUAAGUCAAUUUCAUUCUUAAUACUCCUUAAUUUAAGAAUAAUCAUACCAAAAAAUUAUAAUUCUUCCAAUCCAUAGCUAUGCCCAGUCUGACUACACGACCCGUGAAGAGUCUCAGGUCCAGAAGAAGAUGCAAGGAGUCACCUACGACUCUUACGGCAAAGAAUCGUACGGUGAAGUCCUAGGCAACACCAACAAAGGAUCCUCUUACUGGGUUUCCCCUGAAGGCCAGAAAUUCACUUUGACCUGGGCCGCUGAUGAAGCCGGUUUCCAGCCAAAAGGUGAUCACUUGCCCGUCGCUCCCGUUCACGAAUACGAGCUCCCAGUUGCCCCUGUCCACAUCCCUUUCAACGGCAAAGGCUAUAAGAUUUAUUAAAUUAUUAAAAUCCUGACUGAAUAAAUUAUUUAAAUCCAUGUA